UUCUGUCCCAAAAUAAAUACCUCCCAACGGCGCUUUCAUUCUUGUUUUCCCCCAUCUCAUCUUUCUGACCCCAUUUAGAACUGCAAUCCCACUUCCCGGGGCUUGCUUCAGCUGCACACACUUCCCUAGCCCCACCGCCUUAAAUCUUCACCAUUGCUUAGCUCCAAAUCAAUUUUAACUGGGUUGAAUUUUGCAAUCUGCUUUAGAAUAAUUUUCGUUUGUGGUUAUUAUUUGUAUUUCCAGUUGGGAUUUUGAGCCGCUGCUUGGUGCAGUUCCGCUUCGAUUUCAGUUUGAUGGUGGUGCAGAGAGCUAUGACGGAGAAUAAGAGCGUGGGCUUUGGGGAGGCUUCAAUGGAGAGAAGUAAGAGCUUCGUGACGGCAUUGCAGGAACUCAAGAACCUUAGGCCACAACUAUAUUCGGCAGCAGAUUACUGUGAGAAGUCUUACCUUAACAGUGAGCAAAAGCAAAUGGUAUUGGACAAUCUCAAGGAUUACGCUUUACGAACUCUGGUCAAUGCAAUCGACCACCUUGGUACCGUUGCUUACAAAUUGACUGAUCUUUUGGAGCAGCAAACACUGGACCUAUCCUGCAUGGAACUGAAAGUUACUUGUCUCAAUCAGCGACUUCUGACGUGUCAAACGUAUACGGAGAAAGAAGGUCUUAGGCAGCAGCAAGUAUUGGCUAUCAUCCCAACGCAUCACAAACAUUAUACCUUGCCGAAUUCUUUGAACAAGAAGGUGCACUUUAACCCACAUAUACAGACUGAUCCUAAGCAUGCUAUACAAGCUAGAGCUCGUCUUUAUUCUCAAGGUGCUUCUGCUGCAAAAACUCUUUCCUGGCACUUAGCAGCAUCUGAAACCAAAUCUACCUUGAAAGGCUCUCCACGUGAUAUUAUAAGCACUGGGGAUGCAAAACCAUCUGGGAAGACCAUUGAGGCCUUCAACAUGCUAGAUGGCCAAGUUAAUUCUAGGAUGAAAUCCCCGCCGGCUUCAGCUGUAGCAAUGCAGACACUCGGUUUCACGCGUCAGGAAUUUUCAGUAGGCUCCAAACCUUUGACUCCAUAUCGGUCGUUUACCAACACUCCUCAAAGGGAAAUUGCUUGUCCCCCAGCACGCAGUAAGAGUGUGCUUUCGGCCUUCUUUGUGAAGCAAAAGUCGUCAAAAGUGAAGUCACACUCGUAAAUUUUGAGACAAACCAUCACAAGAUGAUUCCACGUUUGCUAAAAAUUAUCAGUAGGAAACCCAACCAAUCGUAUCAAUAAAGAAGCUGUUUGUGUAUAAUCUGGAGAAAAUGAUUAGCAUCUCCUUUGCAGCGUACCAGUGUUUUGGACAUAAGGCGUCUAUUAUAAAUGUUUAUCUGAUUAGAAUUGGUUGUCUUUGCACAUUAACAUCUCAUGUUUGUUAAAUUUUGUUCAAGCAAGAUUGAAGAGGCGAGUUUGCGGUUUUGCUAGUUGCUAGCUUCCGAUAUCAAUUCACUAAUACAAUGAUUUUAUCAGAAUUAAAUUAAGCUUUUCACUAAUACAA